AUGGACACCUUGUCCGCCCCUGACCGGAAAUACUCCGCCGCCACCUCCAACGCUGAGUACGGCCUGCGAGGACAGGUGGGAAGAGGGGGCGGGAGUGCAGGGGGAGAGGGUGGCACGGAGUGUGUGAAGGCGCGCGGACCUUGUCCGCCCCCAACCAGUGUGAAGACAGGUGUGAAGACAGGUGUGAAGACAGGUGUGAAGACAGGUGUGAAGACAGGUGUGACGACAGGGGUGAAGACAGGUGUGAAGACAGGUGUGAAGACAGGUGUGAAGACAGGUGUGAAGACAGGUGUGAAGACAGGUGUGAAGACAGGUGUGAAGACAGGUGUGAAGACAGGUGUGAAGACAGGUGUGAAGACAGGUGUGAAGACAGGUGUGAAGACAGGUGUGAAGACAGGGGUGAAGACAGGUGUGAAGACAGGUGUGAAGACAGGUGUGAAGACAGGGGUGAAGACAGGUGUGAAGACAGGUGUGAAGACAGGUGUGAAGAGAGGGGUGAAGACAGGUGUGAAGACAGGUGUGAAGACAGGUGUGAAGACAGGGGUGAAGACAGGUGUGAAGACAGGUGUGAAGACAGGGGUGAAGACAGGUGUGAAGACAGGUGUGAAGACAGGUGUGAAGACAGGGGUGAAGACAGGUGUGAAGACAGGGGUGAAGACAGCUGUGAAGACAGGGGUGGAGACAGGUGUGAAGACAGGUGUGAAGACAGGGGUGAAGACAGGUGUGAAGACAGGUGUGAAGACAGGGGUGAAGACAGGUGUGAAGACAGGUGUGAAGACAGGUGUGAAGAAAGGGGUGAAGACAGGUGUGAAGACAGGGGUGAAGACAGGUGUGAAGACAGGUGUGAAGACAGGUGUGAAGACAGGGGUGAAGACAGGUGUGAAGACAGGGGUGAAGACAGGUGUGAAGACAGGUGUGAAGACAGGUGUGAAGACAGGUGUGAAGACAGGUGUGAAGACAGGGGUGAAGACAGGUGUGAAGACAGGGGUGAAGACAGGUGUGAAGACAGGGGUGAAGACAGGUGUGAAGACAGGUGUGAAGACAGGUGUGAAGACAGGGGUGAAGACAGGUGUGAAGACAGGGGUGAAGACAGGUGUGAAGACAGGGGUGAAGACAGGUGUGAAGACAGGUAUGAAGACAGGUGUGAAGACAGGUGUGAAGACAGGUGUGAAGACAGGGGUGAAGACAGGUGUGAAGACAGGGGUGAAGACAGGUGUGAAGACAGGUGUGAAGACAGGUGUGAAGACAGGUGUGAAGACAGGUGUGAAGACAGGUGUGAAGACAGGUGUGAAGACAGGUGUGAAGACAGGUGUGAAGACAGGGGUGAAGACAGGUGUGAAGACAGGUGUGAAGACAGGUGUGAAGACAGGUGUGAAGACAGGUGUGAAGACAGGUGUGAAGACAGGUGUGAAGACAGGUGUGAAGACAGGUGUGAAGACAGGUGUGAAGACAGGUGUGAAGACAGGUGUGAAGACAGGUGUGAAGACAGGUGUGAAGACAGGUGUGAAGACAGGUGUGAAGACAGGUGUGAAGACAGGGGUGAAGACAGGUGUGAAGACAGGGGUGAAGACAGGUGUGAAGACAGGUGUGAAGACAGGUGUGAAGACAGGUGUGAAGACAGGUGUGAAGACAGGGGUGAAGACAGGUGUGAAGACAGGGGUUAAGACAGGUGUGAAGACAGGGGUGAAGACAGGUGUGAAGACAGGUGUGAAGACAGGUGUGAAGACAGGUGUGAAGACAGGUGUGAAGACAGGUGUGAAGACAGGUGUGAAGACAGGUGUGAAGACAGGUGUGAAGACAGGUGUGAAGACAGGUGUGAAGACAGGUGUGAAGACAGGUGUGAAGACAGGGGUGAAGACAGGUGUGAAGACAGGGGUGAAGACAGGUGUGAAGACAGGUGUGAAGACAGGUGUGAAGACAGGUGUGAAGACAGGUGUGAAGACAGGUGUGAAGACAGGUGUGAAGACAGGUGUGAAGACAGGUGUGAAGACAGGUGUGAAGACAGGUGUGAAGACAGGUGUGAAGACAGGUGUGAAGACAGGUGUGAAGACAGGUGUGAAGACAGGUGUGAAGACAGGUGUGAAGACAGGUGUGAAGACAGGUGUGAAGACAGGUGUGAAGACAGGUGUGAAGACAGGUGUGAAGACAGGUGUGAAGACAGGUGUGAAGACAGGUGUGAAGACAGGUGUGAAGACAGGUGUGAAGACAGGUGUGAAGACAGGUGUGAAGACAGGGGUGAAGACAGGUGUGAAGACAGGUGUGAAGACAGGUGUGAAGACAGGUGUGAAGACAGGUGUGAAGACAGGUGUGAAGACAGGUGUGAAGACAGGGGUGAAGACAGGUGUGAAGACAGGGGUGAAGACAGGUGUGAAGACAGGGGUGAAGACAGGUGUGAAGACAGGUGUGAAGACAGGUGUGAAGACAGGUGUGAAGACAGGUGUGAAGACAGGUGUGAAGACAGGUGUGAAGACAGGUGUGAAGACAGGUGUGAAGACAGGUGUGAAGACAGGUGUGAAGACAGGUGUGAAGACAGGUGUGAAGACAGGUGUGAAGACAGGUGUGAAGACAGGUGUGAAGACAGGUGUGAAGACAGGUGUGAAGACAGGUGUGAAGACAGGUGUGAAGACAGAUCAGCCCUCCAGCACUGGUGAAUCAAGGCAGAUCAGCCCUCCAGCACUGGUGAAUCAAGGCAGAUCAGCCCUCCAGCACUGGUGA